AUGGAUACAAUUGAAGAAAGGGAAAUUGCAACUUGUCAUUGGUGUGAUAUGUUUGAUUUUGUUCGUUACAAUGAAUAUGCUAUGGCUAGAUUUUCUAGACAAAAAUGGUAUCCUUGUCAAAUUAUAAAAAAUGAUGAAUUUCCAAUUAAAAGUCCUCAACUUGGCGCUGUUGGCUAUCUUUGUGUUAAAUGGCUUCCAUACAGAGGCAAAAUUUAUUAUAAUAUACUUUCGCAUAAUCGAGUGAUUACAAUGACUCACAGUGAUUAUUUUUAUAUUACUGAAGCUAGUAAAUCUGAUAUUUUUGCAGAGUGGACAUCAGCACAAGAAUUUAUGCUUAAAAAUAGUUUAACUCAACGGCCAUUAAAAACUGAUCAAAUCCCAGAUAAAUUAUUUAGUAAUGGUGAGAAAAUUGUCAAACAAUUGAAUCAAAACAAAUACUCUAAAUCUGAAUUAAAAAUGCCGCGGGAUCGUCUAUUUGGUAGGGACAAUUGUAAAUGUCCUAGCGAUGCAACAGACAGAUGUGGGCCUUCUUCGAAAUGCAUAAAUCGAGCAUUGAACAUGGAAUGUCCAAAGGAUUGUAAUGAACUACCAAACAAACCAUGCAACAACAGACGCAUUAGUGAAGGAAAAAAUUGUAUUCAAGUAAAAAUUGAAUAUUUUCAUGGAAAAGGAUAUGGAGCAAUUUCAAUGGAGGAUAUACCAGCGGGAGGAUUUGUGGGUGAAUAUACUGGAGAAGUUAUUGAUGAAGAAGAAAAACGUCGUCGAAUAGAUAGAAUUGCUUCCUUACAAUCAAAUGAAGCCCAAUAUUAUAUUAUGGAAUUGGAUGAUAAAAGGGCUAUUGAUGCCCAAUAUUAUGGAAAUGAUAUGCGUUAUGUAAAUCACUCUUGUAAUCCAAAUUGUAUUAUCCAACAAUUUCAAAGUGAUUUUGAUCUCCAUUUGGUUUUAAUUGCAAAGAGAAAUAUAUCUAAAGGUUGCUUUUAA